UUAUCUUAGACAUUCAUGGACUGAAUUAGUGUACAUUGGUGAUUCUAAAAAUAUGCUGACGUUUUAUUUUGCUGUCUAAUUUGAAAAGACAUUUAAUAUAAUUUUAAAUAUUACAAAAAAUCGAAAAUGUGGCAGAACAACCCUGAUAGGUUGUCUUUCAUCUCAGUGAAUAGUUUUUAUAAUUUACCUGAUGCACAAGAAGAUGUUUGGGAAUUAAGAAAACCAACUGAUGGAGCAGAAGCAAUUGAGAUGCGUCCAAGAAAUGCUACGAGCAACGAUGAUUUGUCAUCGUUGGAUAGCUGGACGCAGACCGUUAUGACUUCGAGGUCAUCACUGGCCAGUAGCAUGAUGUCUAUAGAUUCCACAGGUACUGGAAUUUCAUCAGUCCUUACAACUCCCGGGGAUUCUCCGCUUUCGACGCCGCAGGCAAAGAAGAAGAAACUAAAUCGAAAACCAGCUUUAAAGUUGAAUUUGGACAAUAUUACAUGGACAACAACUAAGCAGAAGAGACGAAGACACAAAUAUAAAAAGAAUAUACAAGCUUCGAGUGCUAAGGUAAGGGCUGUCAUGAAACAGAGCAAAACCCCUCAAUUCCGUUUCCGGAUGAUUCUUCUCACUCUCUUCGCUCUAAUCAUAACUCUUUGCUCUUUCACCUGGCACAUGUAUCAGCAACAGUUGCUACAGAUCGCAAUUGGAGACAAGAUACGUUUUCAUGAAGGCAGAAGAGUUCUUCAUCUAUUGAAAGAAGACGGCACCGAACUUGUUGCUGCGAUGUUGGGCGACGGAAUUCCAAGUGACUUGAAUCCAUACCAGUGUGAUAUCCAUAGCCCUCAGACACCUGCAAAGAUUUGCGAAGAAUGGAAAUACAGAGCCAAAUUACACAUAAAUUUCUCGCACAGUUCAAAUCUGAGCUGUUACAAUGUUCACUGGACGAGUUUAUCUAUGGAAACAAUCCUUCGGGAUUGUAUUGCCUUAAAAAAUGCUCAUUGGUAUGGCAUGGGCUUGCAAAGAGGGCUUCAGUGGCCCCUAAGGAGCACCCCAGGAGAUCAGUCACAUCCGUUAGUCACAGGCGAUGGAGUAGAAGAAAUGUUCGGUGGCAUAAUAGAUCGGUAUUGGUUGUCUUCCGAUGGAGUAGCAGUUCAAGCGGAUUCGGAUGUUCCUUUAUAUGUUACCAUCAAGAAAGAUUACCUUUGUUUAGAAUCAAGAAGAGACAAGGAUUUUCCCUACCAAAUAACCAACCCAAUUGUUUUGAAAUAUACUAUCUGCACAGGGAAAAAUAUGCGUACCCUUCACAAAGAAAUGAUGCUGAACUACAGAUCACUGGUGACUGAUAUUAGUGGCAAAGUGUUUCUAAUGUCUCCGAUCUGGGUGGCUUCUCCCAGGGAAGUUUUAAGCCAAGAAUCAAUACAAGCAUUUGCAAAUCGUAUAAUGGAAUAUACGUCUAAGUUGCCAGGAUUUUUGCUUCUAGACAGCAGAUGGCAGAAGCAAGAAGGAAAUUUAGAUUUCAACGACACAAAUUUUCCAAACCCUAAAGAGAUUUUAAAAAUUCUGCAUAACAAAGGAUUUCGCGUACUUCUAACAAUACAUCCAUUUGUCUGUCUACCCACACGCAUUUUCGAACAAGCGAGUUCAGAAAGAUUGUUCGUUUCAGAUAAAUGGAAGAAAGUACCACUUCUAACAAAAUGGCACAGCAAAUUAUGUGGUCUGUUAGAUUUUACUAAUAAUGUGACCUCCAGUUGGUUUUUAGAAAGACUGUUAAAACUAAAACAAAAGUACGAUAUUGAUGGAUUUGUGUUCACUGGCGGUCAAACCACGUAUUUGCCUAGAUAUUACUCCUUUCAUACGACUUCAAUCAAUCCAGAUUUAUUCCUUAUCCAUUAUUUAUCCUUUUCAGGAAAGCUGAAUUCCAUUCUUGGUUCAGAAGUAGGCUUUCUUUCACAAAGUUUUCCAGGAUUUGUAAGAUUAACUCCCAGAACUGUGUCUUGGGAUAGUUUGAGUGGUCUUGGAUCUGUUAUACCAGAAGUUUUAACACUUGGCAUUCUUGGCUAUCCUUUAGUGAACCCAGGUUCUGUUGGAGGCGAUGGAAGUGGUGAAAUUCCUUCGAAAGAACUGUAUUUACGCUGGAUGGAAUUGGUUGUUUUCUUGCCCAUUGUGCAAUUUACUAUAGCACCUGGUGAUUAUGACCAGGAAGUUGUAGAUACUGUCUACAAAUUAUUCGGUAUCAGAGAAGAACUCGUAUUGCCUAUAUAUCUAGAGGCUUUGGAACAAUUCUCAACGACAGCAGCUCCACUUGUAAGACCUUUAUGGUGGAUUGCACCCGAUGAUGUGAAUGCCCAGAUGUGUGGAUCACAGUUCUUAGUGGGAGAAAAAAUAAUGGUGGCUCCAAUUUUGGAAGAAGGUAGAAGAAUAAGAGAUAUUUACUUACCAGCAGGGUGGUGGAAAGAUCAUCUUUUAGGUGAGGUCAGAAGAGGUGGUAAAUGGUUGCAUAACUAUCCUGUGCCAUUGACUAAAGUUGCAUAUUUCAGUGUAACGACAGAACCCUUGUGAAAAAAAUCAUUUUUUAUUCUGAAAGAGUUCAAUUCAUUAAGAACUUUUCUUCAAAAGAAAAGAAUUUUCUUUUAUCAAAUCAUUGCUUAGUCAAGAGCUUCUUUUCGGCAACUAAUAUUGUGAAGACUGGUCUUGAUACUGUUCAUUACAAUAACAGUGUUUUAACAUCUUUCAUAAAUAAUCGUAAAGCAUUGAUGUUUGCUGUAUUUUAAUGAUCAUAUUUUGGAUAAUAUGAGCAUCAAAGUAUUAUGUUCAUUUAUACCAUGUUUUUAUUUUUUUAACACGUUGGUCUAUGAUUCACACUUCAAAUUAGAUAACCUCUCUUCUACUACAGUUAAGAGAUAGCAAAGAGAUUCAUCUAAUUAGAUAAAUGGUCCGAACAUAGACGUGAGUCGGAGCAACGAACGUUUUAAAUAAUCAUAAUAACUAUGUAAUAGGGAAAACUUUCAGCAUUUGCAGUAUUAAAACUUAAAUAAAAUAUUUCAAAUUGUUAAAGAUCAAUUUUAGUGAUUACUGUUGUAAUAAAAUAAUGGAAUUAGUUUGAAUAAAAUAUCAAGCUUUUAGGAUAAUAAUGAAAUUGAAAUCUUAUAAAAAUUUUCC